AUGCGUUCUUUCGCUUCGAUACCAUAUGUUCCUACCGGAAGACAGAUUAGAGAACGAUGCACGACUGUCAAGGCAUGGGAAUUACCAAAGCAGAAAAGUGCGUUGGCGCCAGAACAUGUUUGGACAAAUGAGGAUAUGGAUCCGGUGAAGAAGGAAAAUCAAACUUGGACUUUGUGGACUUGGAUGGCAUAUUGGGCAACUGAUACAAUCACUCUGAGUACUUGGGAGACGGCGAGUAGUGUUUUGGCGGUGGGGUUAACAUGGAGAGAAGCAAUUCCAAUUAUGGUAGUAGGAACAACAUGCGUUGCAAUUCCCGUGGUACUCAACGGGGCCAUCGGUGCAAAAUUCCAUAUUCCAUUUUCAGUAGCAAUUCGAGCAUCUUUUGGAUAUUAUUUUGCAUACUUUUGUAUUAUUUCGAGAGCUAUACUGGCAAUGUUUUGGUUGGGCAUAGUAGGCGCCGGCGGAGCACAGUGUGUUACGAUUAUGAUAUUGGCUAUUUGGCCUAGUUAUGCGAAUGUGCCGAAUCAUAUUCCGGAGGAUCAAGGAAUCACUACGCAGGGAAUGAUUAGCUACUUUCUCUUCUGGAUCAUUCAACUUCCACUCCUUCUUAUACCCCCUACUCGUCUCCGUUACCUCUUCGUGACAAAACUCAUCGCAGCCCCUGUUGCCGCACUUGCAACCAUGGGCUGGUGUAUCCACAAAGCCGGCGGCUCAGGAUCCAUCUUCGACCUCCAACCUACCGUUUCCGGAUCCACCAAAGCAUAUCUCUGGCUCUCCUGCAUGACAUCCGUCACAGGCACGUGGGCUACACUAUCAUGCAAUAUCCCCGAUUUUUCUCGCUAUGCACGAUCUUCCAAAGGUCAAUUCAUUCAACUUCCCUUCCUCCCUCUCAUUUUCACCCUGUGUGGUACAAUCGGUAUCAUCACCACCUCAGCCACCGGAGUCAUCUAUGGAGAACCACUCUGGAAUCCUCUCGACAUCCUCGCCAAGUGGCUAGAUCUAGGACACGGCGGACGAACCGCAGCAUUCUUCGCAGCCGCCGCUUGGUACAUCGCACAAGUCGGCACAAAUAUCACCGCAAACUCUAUAAGUGCAGCAAAUGAUCUCACCGUUCUCUUCCCCCGCUACAUCAACAUCGAACGCGGCUGCGUCAUCGCUGCCAUCAUCGGCGGAUGGAUCAUCGUCCCUUGGAAAAUCAUCAGCUCCGCCCAAACCUUCCUCUCUUUCAUGGGCGGCUAUGCCGUCUUCCUCGCGCCCAUUGCGGGGAUCCUCGCAGCGGACUACUGGAUGGUGCGGAAACAACAUCUGGAUGUUCCGGCGCUGUACGAUCCCCAUGGAAGAUAUAGAUACGCGUAUGGAGUUAAUUGGCGCGCGCUCUUGGCGUUGCUGCUGGCGGUGUGUCCGAAUCUUCCGGGGCUGGCGUAUAAUAUUGCGUUGAAGACGGAUGGGGAGACGGGAGUGGAAAUGGAUGCAGUGAGCAUUAGUCAAGGAGCGAAAAAUCUUUAUUCGUUUGAUUGGCUUUUUGGGUUUGUGGUUAGUGUGGUGGUUUAUGUGGGGGUGAGUUGGGGGUGGCCGGCGAGGGAAUCUUUGGUUGAGAGGUCGGUGUAUGGGGAUGUGGUGGAGGGGGAGAGGGAGGAGAGGAUGGGUAGUGAAGGGGGAGAAUGCUGA